CGCGUAACAUGGACCUUACUAUCAGUGACAUUUGGUACACGCGUGAGGUCAGCAGCCAUCAUUACAUCACAGGACAAAGCAACACCCGUUAGCAGUCGCCUCCCCUGCCUCUGGCACCCACUCACCUACUUUCUGCCUCAGGACUGUCCUUUGGACAUUGUGUAUAAAUGAAGCCGUUCAGUGUGUGACCUGUGUCUCCAUGGUCUCACCGAGUGUGUUCACAGCUUUGUAAUACUCCGUCACGUGGGCAGACCUGUGCUGCUUACCCACCGCCUGUAGACACACUGGGGUUUUUCUAACAGUGAAGCUCUGAGUGUCUGCGUGCUGGUGCUCUGGGUCUCCUGGGGGGACGCCCAGGAAUGGUGCCUCUGGGCCAGACUGCCGCCCCACGUCUGAUCAUCUGAGGAGCCACCAGGCUGCCUCCAUAGCAGCUGCCGCGAUGCCCGGCCCCCAGCCGCACACGACUGUUUACCCAGGGUCCCCACCUCCUCCUCCACUGUUAAAUUUUUUCACUUUAUUACUAAAGCCGCUCUAGUGGGUGUAUAUACAGGUUUUUAUUAUAUAAAUAGAGAAAAGCCGUUAAAGGGAGAAAGUAAAAAGUUUAUACAGGGAAUCGGCGCUCUCUGUGGCCUCCUCCCGCUUCCCUGACCCACCCCACGGGAGUCCGUCCCACCGUCCUGUUUUUAACCUCCAUCAGGGCCUCCCUCUCAGGUAGAUGAGGAUUUCACCCACUCAGGUCCUGUGAUCCCCUGGGUCCUCUCAAUGUGAUCUGUGUCCAUUAGGACCCUGGUUUGGCUGUUUAAAAAGGAUCAAAAUAACAAAUACCUGGCCUUACACAAGACAGAAGUGUGGGACUUCCCUAGUGGUCCAGCGGUUUAUCUCCACUGCAGGGGGCUCGGGUUCAAUCCCUGGCAGGGGAACUGAGCUCCCACGUGCCAAGAGGCAGGGCCACAAACUAAAACAACAGCAGUGUGUUUCCUUCUCACACAAUGAAGAGCUAGGGGCUUGGUGGUGGUGGUUUGCAGCUGUCAGAGGUUCACCUCUUCAGAAGGGUUUUCCACCGUGUUUUCCGAGCCAGCCUCCCCAGGUUCCCUUCCUGCCUACACCUAGUGCACUUGGCGAGGGGGUAGGAAGGAGGGAGGUGGUCCCCACCCUCGUCUCCAGCAACAAUGAACUUCCUGUGCUGUGUGUCAGAAGCUAUACAUGUGCUCCUCGGGCCUUUACCACUCUGAGCCUCAGCCUCCUGAACACACUGUUCCCUUUCGUAGGGAUGAAUGCAGGCUCAGCAGGCAGGUCUCACCCAACGCCCAGGUGACACCGUGAGUAAGCGCAGCCCCUCCCUGGGGUCUGGCCCUCUCUCGGGGCAGGCAGGAGGCCUGUCAGAGGUGCCUCAGUUCAUGGUUAAUGUUUAACAUGUGCUUUGCUAUAGUCUCGCCUGGCUGGCCUGCCCGGGUCAGCAGGCAGGAGCCGUGGUGCCUGCUGCCUCUGAGACCACGGCCUCCCAGUUCAGAGCCCUUCUCCAGAGGAGCCGUGAUGCUCUCUGUUGCCUGUCCUGGCUGAUGGGCCACGGCCACGCCAGCUGCUGACCGCCUCUCCUUCUGUCGCCACCACAGUGGCCGGGAGGUGAACUCAGGGAUGUGCACACGAUGACGGACGGCAAGGACUUGGAGGCCGAGAUCCACCCGCUGAAGAGUGAGAACAGGAAGGUGCCAGAGAACACGGGGGGCCCGGCAGGAAAGGAGCCCCGCGGGACGCCAGCCCCGCAGACCCGCCUCUCGCGCUGCCGCACUGCGGCCUUCUUCCUCUCUCUGUUCGCCUGCCUCCUUGUGGUGUUCGUGGUCUCCUUCAUCAUCCCGUGUCCAGACCGGCCGGCGUCGCAGGGGGUGUGGAGGAUCGAUUACAACGCGGCAGUCGCCUAUGACUUUCUGGCCACAGAAGAUGUGAACAAGGACAAGAUCCAGGAUAUUCUCUUUCUGUAUAAAAACACCAACAGCAGCCACAGCAAUUCCAGCCUCUCCUGUGCUGAUGAAGGCUUUUCCUGUCCCUGCACCUUCGUGGCCGCUGUGUCCGGGGCCAACGGCAGCAUCCUCUGGGAGAGGCCUGUGGCCCAGGACGGGGCCUUCGUGGAGUGUGGCGUCCUGCAGCCCAGGGGCAGCGCGGCGCCCUCUGCCUGCAUUGUCCUUGGCAGGCCCGGCCCUCUCGUCGCUGUGGACACACUCACAGGGAAGACCCUGUGGAGCCAGCCCAGCAGCUUCGGGGGAAAUGCAUCUGUCCUGAGCCCUCUGCUCCGCGUGCCCGACCUUGAUGCCGAUGGGGCCCCAGACCUGCUGGUCCUCGUCCAGGAGGGGAACCAGGUCAAUGGCUACAUCUACUCGGGUGGCACCGGGCAGCAGGUCAGCCCCCCGGACAGUCUGGGUGUGGACGGAACCAGUGGCUCCAUCCUCCACGUCACCAGGGCGGGGGCCCACUACGUCCUUGUCCCCUGCGGCACUGCCCUCUGCAGCCGCUCCGUGAAGGGCCUGUAUGAGAAGGUCGGCCGGAGGGACAGCUCACUCAAGAGCGACCCCCUCUGGGAGGACAUGCUCAGCGCCACAUCGCACAGGCUGCUUGUGCACAGCUCAGGGGCCAUCCGCUACCUGAUGAACGUGCCGGGGAAGGUGGGCGAUGACCUGCUUCUCGUGAGUGCCGAGGCCUGCGUGCUGCUGGAUGGGCAGGAUCUGACGCCCAGGUGGACCUUCGGGACAACCCAGGUCCUGAGAAAACCCGUUCUUGGCCACUACAAACCCAACACCCCAGCCGUGCUUGUCGAGAACGGGACCGGCUCCGACAGACAGGUACUGCUCCUGGACCUCGGCUCUGGGGCCAUCCUGUGGAGCCAGGCCCUCCCGGGCCUCCCUGGGGACCCGCCGUCCGCCAGUCUUCCCACCGCAGACCACCGCUCCGCCUUUUUCUUCUGGGGUGUCCACAAGACGACUGGCUCCAACCAGACGGACCCAGGUGGACACAGCUCCGGGCGAGGCCUUGGUCGUGAGUGUUGGCCUCACCCUCCACCCCGCGCUCACACAGGAGCCCGGAGCCACUGGGCACCGCCUGUACAUGCUCCACCCCACGCUGCCCGGUGUCCUGCUGGAGCUUGACAGCGUCUCUGCCCCCAUCGUCGCCUUCCAGGUGGUUCUGCUGGAGCUGGGCCGCCACGCUGCCUGCGUCCUCCUGACGGGCCCAGCCAGCCCCAACCCGCCCGGCCUGGUCUCCGUGACCAAACAAAAGGUGCAGGACCUCAUCCUGGGCGGCAGGGUGGUCCGCCUGGCCGAGGGUGGCCCCGAGAGUGACCAGGCUGUCCGGGACCGGCUCUCCCGUCUGCGGUACCGGAGCGAGGCCUAGACAGGCCGACAGAGCCCACAGGGAGGAGGCUGCUGCAGUCACACGUCCCGGGACGUCGGUCAAUCACUGACUCAGUUUAUGUGCUAACUCCUGACCUGGCCACCCUCUGCACGGGUCCUGCCAUCCCAGGGAUACUCAGGUCCUCACUCAGCACCCCCGUCCGAGCCCCUCGGGGUUUCCCUGGGCAGGGCCCUAGCCGACAGCAGCUCACCCUUGCCCCUCCACGCCUGGCCGGAGACACAGCUGCCUAAGUCCCCUCCCCCUUCCGUCUGAGCCUCGCCUUCUCCACACUGUCUCCUGGGGUCACGGCUCCUCAGCGGGUGGUAGGCCACUGCAGAUCCCAACGUGGUUGUGGUGAGUUACCUGGACAGCCUGUGACGGGGCCACGAGGAAGGGACCUGGGAGGAGGACGUGCUGUGUGGAGCUGAGUGCCCUGAGGACCUGGCCCGGCAUCUACCUGGCUCCACGUGCUCCCUGGAUACACACCAGGGCUCCUUGUCCCUCGAGGGUCCCUGCAGCCCUGACUGUGGCCAGCGGCCGGCCCCUCCUUCCUGGUGCUGGGACGUCCCCCACCCCAGCUGGUGUCACCUCUGUGCCUUGUUCGCCCCAGACUCCCUGGUGCUGUGGGGCCCCGCCGUGACCAGACAAGAGCACGCAGCCUGAUGGCCCUGGGCACCUCAGGAAGAAAUCAGAAUAAACACUGGUUUUGCACCAUCGGGAAAGCCCUA